AUGCGGAGAUCGAUUGCAAUCGGGAUUGCGUUAACGGCGAAAGGUUUUCUUCAUCGGCAUCUUUUGGAGAAAGGUAAUCCUGCAACUGCUCUCUUUCGUUUCCGAGCAUUUUCCGGUGGCUGUGAUUACAGAGAGAGAUUGAGAAGUGGGUUUCACUCUAUUAAGUUAGACGAUGCACUUGAUUUAUUCUGUGACAUGGCUGAGUCUCGUCCCCUUCCUUCCAUUGUUGAUUUCACUAGAUUAUUGAUUGCUAUUGCCAAGAUGAACAAGUAUGUUCUUGUUAUCCAUCUGUUCCGGCAAACGGAAAAUCUGGGGAUUCCACAUGAUCUCUAUAGCUUCAGUAUUUUGAUUGAUUGUUUAUGUCGAUGCUCUCAACUCUCUAUUGCUCUAUCUUGUCUUGGGAAGAUGAUGAAGGUUGGUUACGAACCUAGUGUAGUAACAUUAGGCUCACUGGUCAAUGGAUUCUGUCGCGGGAAUCGAAUUUACGAUGCCAUGUCUCUGGUUGAUCAAAUGGUUGGAUUGGGAUACGAAUCGAAUGUUGUAAUCUACAACACGAUUAUUGAUAGUCUUUGCGGAAACCAACUUGUGAAUACCGCGCUUGAUGUUUUCAACCAUAUGGAAGAUAUAGGAGUUCGACCUGAUGUUGUUACCUACAACUCUCUCAUUACUGGCCUUUUUAAUUGCGGUAUAUGGGGUGUCUCCGCUAGACUACUGAGCCAUAUGAUGAAGAAAGGAAUCAACCCGGAUGUAAUCACUUUCAGUGCUAUGAUCAAUGCGUAUGUGAAAGAAGGGGAGCUUUUAGAAGCUAAGAAAGUGUACAAGGAGAUGAUCCGAAGGUCGAUAAAUCCCAAUAUCGUCACUUACAAUUCAUUGAUCAACGGGCUUUGCAUUCACGAUCGUCUACAUGAGGCUAAAAAUAUGUUUCGUUUUAUGGUAAGUAAAGGUUGCUUCCCGAAUCUAGUGACUUAUAAUACUCUCAUAAAUGGAUAUUGCAAGUCUAAGAGGGUAGAUGAAGGGAUGAAAAUCUUCUGUGUGAUGUUGCGCGAUGGACUGGUUGGUGACUCAUUCACUUACAACACUCUUUUUCAAGGUUAUUGUCAAGUGGGGAAACUUAAUGCUGCGCAAAAGGUUUUGUGUCGGAUGGUUUCUUGCGGCGUGCCUCCCGAUAUUUUUACCCACAACAUUUGGUUAGACUGUCUAUGUGAGCAUAGGAAGAUAGGGAAAGCAUUGGUGAUAUUGGAGGAGAUGCAAAAGAGUGAAAUGGUUCUAAGUAUUAUUACAUAUAAUAUCAUCAUCAAAGGAAUGUGCAAGGGUGAUAAAGUGGAAGAUGCUUGGUAUUUAUUUUGCAACCUUGCACUCAAAGGAGUAAUGCCUGAUGUUAUAACCUUUGUUACAAUGAUGAUAGGAUUGCGUAGGAAAGGACUAUGGCGUGAAGCGCACGAGCUGUAUAGAAAAAUGAAAGAAGAUGACUGGAGGUAUAAAAGAGGUAAUUGGGAGCCAUCUUAG